CACAGCCCGGCCAGCAGAAGAGCUCCUGCCCCCCGCCUGGCGCACCGCGGCUGCCGCCUCCCAACUUUCCUGCGCCGCCACCAACUUUAUCCGGAGCUGUGGCCCCUGGGGCCCGGGAUUACCGCGGAGAGGAUUUGCCGUCCCCGUUGAACAUGACGUGACGUCUGAAGGAGCGCAAAACUCUGUUCCUCACCAUGGAGCUCAAAGUAUGGGUAGAUGGGGUCCAGAGGAUCGUGUGCGGGGUGACGGAGGCAACCACAUGCCAAGAAGUUGUCAUCGCCCUGGCACAAGCCAUAGGUCGCACAGGAAGAUACACUUUGAUAGAAAAAUGGAGAGACUCGGAGAGGCACCUGGCUCCUCAUGAGAACCCAGUGAUCUCUCUAAAUAAGUGGGGACAAUACGCAAGUGAUGUGCAGCUUAUUCUGAGGCGUACCGGGCCGUCUCUUGGUGAACGUCCUACGUCAGACAGCAUUGCCCAUGUGCCUGAAAGGAACUUGUAUAGGCAAAGUCUGCCCCCUCUGGCCAAACUGAGGCCACAAAAUGAUAAAUCCAUAAAGAGGCGUGAACCAAAGAGGAAAUCUUUAACUUUUACCGGUGGAGCCAAAGGACUUAUAGACAUUUUCGGUAAAGGCAAAGAGUCUGAAUUUAAGCAAAAGCUGCUUAAUAACUAUAAGACGACAGGCGAGGACUUAAAGAAACUCAUCCACUUACAGUCUGAAAAGCUCUUGACCCUCGAAAAGCAACUGGACUCCAGCAACGAUGAGGUGCUAUAUUGGGAGCAGAAGUACAAGUCCGGCUUGGAGGAGGAAAUCGACAAGUGGGAGCAAAAGAUCAAAAGGAACGAUGUGGAGAUCGGGGAAGAGGAGUUCUGGGAGAACGAGUUCCAGAUUGAGGUGGAAAAUGAAAAACAACUCAAGGAACAACUCCAGGAGAUGACCCAGCGCAUGCUUCAAUGUGAGAACCAGCUGAAGGACUACCAGAGCCAAAUCCAGAAUAUCGAAAGUGGGAUUGAGGCCGAGCGGUUGCAGAUGGUUGUACAAGAGGCCCAAAUUAAUGAGGAAAUUGUCAGGGGCAAGAUUGAGAAGAUCAGAGGGGAGCUGGAGAUCCAGGGGCAGGAAAGUAUACGGCUGGACAACGGCGCCAAGGCUGUAGAUCGGUCGCUGGGACAGUCUGCAAAAAGGUUGUUGGAGCGGGAGCAGGAACUUGAACAGUUGACCAAAGAACUCCGACAAGUGAAUCUCCAGCAGUUUAUCCAGCAGACUGGAACCAAGGUUACGGUACUGCCCGCUGAGCCCAGCGAAACUGAAUUUACACAGCCAGAAAAAGAGCCAGCAUUCCAGUCAGGGUCUCUAAAACGGCCCGUGACCUCAAGACAACUUCCAAGUAACCUAAGGAUCCUCCAGAACGCCUUGUCAUCAGGCUUCAACCCAGAGGGCAUCUACGUAUAACUACACGUUGCUUUCAGAUGGACUUUACAAAAGGCCGGCUGUGGACAUUUCUUACAUUUCUAUAAAACCUACCUUGAAGAGUAGAGCGUUCUCUUCGUCAUCAUUCACUUCAGGCUUUAGAAGUGUUGAAACAUGUCCUGCCCCCCUCUGCUCCUGGAGCCAUUAUUUGUGCGACUCUUUGUGAGGAAACCACAGAUGGAAGCCGAUAUCAAGCAAUAUGACAUUGCUGAGGUGUUAACCUGAGGUUGACGCUUUUAUUCUAUUUCCUUUUUGAAUACAAUUUUUGAAGUAUUAUUUGAUAUGGAAUGAAAGACUGACUGGAAACGUCUACAAAAGGGUUAAAAGUCAUAUAAAUAUAUAAAUAUAUUUUUUCCAUCAGCUCAUGAAUUUGGUAUCUCAUACCAAUGAUAAGACAAUACUGUAUUUGUUAUAUAUCUUAUGUCCAGUAUUUCAUUGUACUUUUAUUUUCUGCGCAAUCAUCCACCGGAACAGUGUUACUAUGAAGCACAUAGAAACUUUUUCAUGCGUUUGUUCAGUGUAAGCUUCAUUUAAAGUAGGGAUGACAGUAUUAAAUCCUGAUGGGCACAAUGAUGGUAGUAUAUUCCAGUCUAGUACCUAGGGGACUUGCUGGUCAGAUAUAUAUAUAUUUUUUUUUUUUUGUUGGGCUGUCAAGCGUUCUGGUCCAAAAAAUGAAGACCCUUGGGAAAAUUUACUAAGUAAAAUUGCUCCAAAAAAGCUGGCGUAGGAAAGGGGCAUGGCUAAGCAGAGUUAUAACGCGCGCCCCAUUAUUUGGACACAAGCGUGGCGUAAGGAAAAGUUUCUAACUUACCUAGCAAAAUGUGCCAUAUUGAUAAAUUUUGAGCCGUUUCUGCCUGCCUCAUCUAGAUUUAUAUUAUCUAAAUGUUGGAAAGUAAUAAAAACUCUGCCCCAGUAUAAUUGCCCAACUUUCAGGACUCCAGUCUGGUACUGUACGUCUGGGUGCCAGAUUAUUGGACUUUUAGUGUAUUUGGCUCCAAAUGGAUUUUUCUUUAUUUGGAAUUAUGAGGGUAGCUAACACUUCCAAGCUGUUCCAUAUUGUAAGGACCAUUUUUCAUUAUUGGCCCCUUCAAUAAGGUGGGCAAGAGUAAUGUACCUACUAAUGUACCUGCUAUAGGACCAGUAGCCAACACUAGCUGAAGCUCAGUACAAAGUGAUUUUUAAAGCUUCCAUUAAUUCCAGUGGCAACUGUAUAAAUUAAUAUGCACUAGGCUCCCCCUAGUGGUGGCUGCAGGCAGCCAGGAUAUUCAUGUGCUGAAGGGUAGCUGGAAACAGAGCUGUAUAGGGGAGACUUAUCCUUGUAUUUAUGGCAGUUGACUGGUGUAAAUACAUUGAGAAAGUGUUUU